AUAACUUUCAUUUUUACUGCCAUAAUAUUGAUUUCUGCAGAACCUGCUAGAAAAAUGAUAAGGUUGGGUGAAAAAAUAAGUUAACAUAAUUUAUAUCAUGGGUUGGGCCUUUUCUUUCUGUGGCUCAAAACAGAUUUAGGGUGGUAUGACCUCAUUCAGUUUAAAGGUGUUUGGUUCAGUUUCCAUGUAGGGGACCCUUUGGUUUGGAACCUCAAGAACAGUUCCUAUUUUGUCCUCUUGUGAUCCCCGCCACAAGAACAGAACACCCUGUUAUAAAAUUGAUUGGCUCUGAAAGCAAGACUGAAUGUGAACUCAAGAAAAGAACAUACCCAACUACACUAUAAUAUUGAAUAAUUCAUAUCAAACAAUGGUUUUGGGAUUUAAAAUGUACUAGAUUCUCAUAAAGAAUUCUUAGAAGUCUCUCACUAGAUAUAGGACCAGGACUGAUUGGGAAAAUGUUCAAACAAGUUGGGAGUUGAAAGCAAUUGAAAAUUGUUGAAUGGAAAUAAAGGGUGUUAUGUGCUAUUAAACUAAUUAAACUACAAUUGCUUUGCUUGUCAUUACUAACAAGACAAAAGUGGAUAACUAUGAUUCCUUAGUUGAAGCUAUGCCAAUUAUACUUGGUGUUAGUUAGUGUGUGUUUGUUGAAGGGAUCAUUGAUGACUCUCUAUUUUGUAACCUUUAAAAAACAAAGAAAGUUCAAACACAUGCAAUCAUCAAAAUCUUGUCUUUAAUGAAGGAAAUCUCAGUAAUGUCCCUUGCCCCCCUGGUUGUGUAAUUUCCUAGGGAAAAGGUUUAUUGAUAUGAAACCAACAUCAUCUCGAAAGAUCUCUAAUUUGUCAUCUUACACCCUACAGAAGAAACUGUGGAACUGUUGGCACUAAAAGCCAGCUGAAAACAAGAUAUCCGUGAUACAAGGAAGGAUUUAUCCUUAAAAUCAAGCUGUAGAUGCAAUUGCAAGAGCACUGCUAGCCCAUGGUUACAAAAACCGAACAGCACACCUGUGACCAAUUAUUGUAGAUAUGAAAAAGACUCAUGCAUUUUGUUUUAUUGCUUUCGUGUGUAAAUUCUCUUUCACACAGACAAUCAUGUUUAAUAUACUAUUAGUAUAAAUAAAAUGUUGCUGUUUUUUUCUGGUGUGUGAGGUGUUUUUCCCUUGGACGAGCUAGAUAACUUUCACCACUUAUACUGUUUUAGUAAGCUUUUCUAUCUGUAUGAAUUUUGAUGGUGUGUUGAUGUUAACGAUAACCUUUUUAUUACUGAUAUAUUAUGACAUAGGUGUUCAUCAACGAGUAACUAGACUAGGUCGAAGAAGACCAUGAAUCUGACAAAAAGAAAAAUGUUUUUUUUUUUCUGAAUUUUUGCAAGGAAAGAUUCAAUUUUUAAUCUGUCUUGUCGUGAAUGACUAAUCACUUUCACGCUUUACUCAAGUGGCAUAAAAUGCACCCAAUUAAAGGAGUCCAACAAUUUUUUUCUUUUUUUUUCAAUUGGAUGCAAACAAAUCUCAAAUUUUUUAAUUUUUCAAGCACCAACCUAACUUUAAAUAGCAGCCAAGAAAGAAGCUUGGUGAUUCAUUCCCCUACCAGAGAAAAUGAGGAGGAGCUUACCCUCUGCGUCCUUUUUUCUGGUCCAUGUUCUUCUUCUAUUCUGUAUUCUUCUCACACCAACUCAUUCCUCUGACGGAGAUGGUGACGAUGAUGGUGAUUUGGUUGACCAGAUAUGCCGAAAGACUCCCUUUUAUGAUCUCUGCAGCUCCAUCUUACACUCAAAUCCCUUGGCCCCCAAAAGUGAUCCAAAGGGUAUGGCCCUCAUAAUGGUGAAUGACAUUCAGGCAAAUGCUACUGACACACUGAGUUACAUUGAAGAGUUGAUCAAGCAAACCUCGGAUGAACAAUUGGAGCAACAACUGGCUUUCUGCGCAGAGUCAUACAUCCCAGUUGUGAAGUACAUUCUCCCACAAGCAGCUGAUGCCAUAAGCCAAGGUCGAUUUGGGUUUGCCAGUUACUGCAUAGUUGAUGCUCAGAAGGAAGUAAAUGCCUGCGACAAGAAAUUUUCUGGCUCAUCUCAGGCACCCUUAAGUGAUAGAAAUGACAUUAUGCAGAAGNUGGUGGAUGUGGCUGCAGCCAUAGUUAAACUACUAUUAAAUGGUUGAUUAAUAUGAUUUCUUGUAGCAUUUAGUAAUUAUUAGAGCUCUUAUUCUUAUUCCAUGAAUAAAUGCUUUAGAUGAUUGAGUUUGUACAAAUAGUGGUAUGCUAUAAUUCUGUCUACUGAAAGAUGCUCUCCAUAAACCAUACUUUUCAUACAACCUUGGUGGUGUCACUUUUAGCAUUCUGGUCCCCUUUAAAUUAUAAGCGAUUGUUACAUUGUAAUAUGCUUCUGUUUUAAUUUAUUUUGGAAUAUAAUAAGUUCUUAACCCAAUUUGAAAAAA